AUACGGCAAUAAGCUACCGACGCGACCGGUCGUAUUAUACAAGUGACAAUUUUAAUUCUAGAAAAGAACACCCGUACCACUACAGGAGGUGGGACUUACCACAGCGAUAAUUGAGCGACUCAACGGUGUCGCAGUAGUUGCGACACAAAUAAUUACGUUUGCAUGGGAGACAAUCCAGUCAAGCACGGUGUACUGACCAUUGCCUUGAUGGUGCUCAGCCAAAAUAAGCCCAACACCCUGAAACUAAACAGCGUGGCUCGCCAGGCCAGCCGAUAUUCCGCUAGAGAUCCAAGGUUAAGAUAAUUCCACAACAACUAACCAGAAAUCUCAGUAUUAUUCUGUAUUAGAUUUGUUACAUUAUGGAUUUAGAUUGGGAAGAGCCUAACGUAGUAAUCAGAUGUACAAGGACACCAAGAAAUAAUGAAGAAAGAGAUGCACCUGUAAGAGCAUCUCUAUUAUCUGACUCUACUUCUGGAAUUGUAAAAGGCGAAGAGGAUGAUGCCACUAGCAAUGAGAGCGCUUCUUUCUCUAGUCCUGAUUUAGAAUACAGCAAUAAAGACCGAGCUCCGCAAGAUUAUAUUCGAUCUCAAAAUAAUUUAUGUGUUAAUAAUGAAGAUGAAUCGAAAUUUUUGGUUAAUAAUAUAAACAAUAAUAGUAAAGCGAUAGAAGUUACGAUUAAUGAUUCUGAGUGUGAUGACGUCGAAGAGUUAGAUGUAUCUUUAAAAGAAAAUGAUAUAGGUAUACCAGAUGGGGGCUGGGGGUGGGUUGUUGUCCUUUCGUCAUUCAUAAUUUCAAUGAUAGCGGAUGGAAUAAGCUUUUCUUUUGGAUUGCUAUACAUUGAGUUUUUAGAAGAAUUCCAAGCCAGUAAAUCUACAACAGCGUGGAUAGGCAGUCUAUUUAUAGCUGUGCCUCUUCUCUCUGGGCCCGUUAUGAGCGCUCUCGUUGAUCGAUAUGGAUGUCGUAGCAUGACUAUCUUGGGUGGGUUGAUAUCUACUCUUGGAUUUGUUCUAGCUUCAAUUUCAACUACAUUGGAGAUGAUGAUGAUUACUUUUGGUGUUAUCGCUGGCCUGGGGUUAGGGUUAGUGUAUGUUACUGCUGUAGUCUCAAUUGCAUACUGGUUUGAAAAGAAAAGGAAUUUAGCAGUAGGGCUAGGAGCCUGUGGAACUGGUGUUGGCACUUUUGUAUAUGCUCCCAUGACUCAAUAUUUCAUAGAAGAAUAUGGAUGGAGAGGAACAAUACUUUUACUUUCUGGCACACUCUUGAACUUAUGUGUCUGUGGUUGUGUGAUGCGGGAUCCAGAAUGGUGGAUUCUGGAACAGAAAAAACAGAACAAUAAGUGCGACGAAAAGCUUAUCAAAGAUGACGAAAAAUCAAAGAAUUCUAGUUACGCAUCUAUUUCUAGUCCGUAUGUAUUAGAUUUUGAUGUACCAACAAGAGGAAAAGUUAUGGAUGGGCUGGUCAAAAAAGGAGUUUCACCACAUAAGGUUAUAAGUCAGGAGGCUGCAAGUAUUCGCCGUCAUCAGAAUUUGUUAUUAUUGAAAAAUAAAUGCUGUUUAAAAAAGAGAUCUCAGUCCGUAGUCAACAUGCCUUCUUAUUUAACUUACAGUGAUAAGGUUUCACUUUCGAUGCUAGACAGUUUAAUAAAAGCGACCAGUAAGGACUACGGUAUCGAAAUAAAGUAUCCGAAGUUUGCUAUUACUGAUUACAACAAACCUAAAAAAUGUUCUGUUAAUUUGAAAGAUAACAAUGAUCUACCAGACCUAUUGUAUCCAAAACAAUUGCUUACACGAACACGAUCUGAAAAAUACGAGGAGAAUAACGAGAAAAAAUCAUUUGAAGACUACCAAUUAAAAAAUACGAAACAAAAUUUCGUAUUUAGAAAAUCGAAAUCGGAAUCAAGAGAAGAUAAGGAAUUGGUGAAACAGGAUAGCAAGGAAAACAAACGCGACUGGUUUAAGAAGCAGCUUUCUGUGAAUCAUCAUUAUUUGAAGGAUUUAAAAAUGCCACUGAAUUCUAUAAGCCAUAGAAAUGCCAUACUGAAUAUUAAGAGAUAUAGACUAAAAGCUUCAUCGUGUCCUGAUAUAUUCAAGAAUUCCAUGAUAACCAUCGAUGAAAAAGAAGAGAACUGGUACGACGACUGUGUCACUUGCUUAUUGGAUAUGUUCAACGUAAACUUGUUUAAAAAGAUGACUUUCAACUGUCUGUGCCUGGGGACCAUUAUUUUGUUUAUAUGGUUCAUUGUUCCUUACUUUUACUUAGCUGAGCACAUGAUACAUAAAGGAUUCACGGAAGACGAUGGCGCUGUUAUGCUUAGUUUGAUUGGAAUCACUAAUACUAUUGGAAUGGUCGGCCUCGGAUGGAUAGGAGAUUUCCCAAAAGUGACAAUUGGAAAUCUGUAUGCCGUAUGCUUGGUCUUAUGCGGUGCAUCAGUAGCACUGAUACCCAUAGCAGCCUCCAAUUAUUGGAUUCUCGCCGCUGUGUCUGCGGCUUUUGGGCUGCUUUUCGCCGCAUCCUUCACGUUUACUCCGAGCUUACUAGUGAAGCUUGUAUCUUUGGAAGAUUUUACUACAGCAUAUGGGCUGGUGUUGCUAGCUCAAGGGAUUGGACAUUUAAUAGGGCCUCCACUUUCGGGUAAGUUCAUAGUUUAUUAACCGACUUAAAAAAGAAGGCGGUUCUCAAGCCGACCUUUUUUUUAAUAUGUUAUCCCCGUAUCUUCGGUAUUUAUAGGCCGAUUUCAAAAAUUCUUGCAUUUAAAAGAGUAUAGUGUUCGGUUGGUCCCAUAGAAAUUUGGUUGAAGUCUGGUGAUCAGUGUGGAAUAUAUUCUAGGGAACUCCUUAUGAAUCAACAGAAUAAGUUCUGCGGUUAAGUUUUACUUAACUCUGACUAUGAGUCUGAAAUGUGAUUAGCUCUGAAGACCUCCGAAGUCUGAAGCCCGUCUAAUCUAUGAGAUAUAUUAAUAUAGCGCUUUAGGUAAAGUUAUUCAACAUGAUAAGAAUUUACUGUUGACAUAAAAAACGAAGAUUUGGAGCACCUUUUGAAGGCCUUUGUUGUUAUAAAAAUGUACUCGCUUAGGUAUUUACACUAAAAAUAAUCAAAUAAAAAAAAACUUGAUGAAUUACUUUUGAUAAAUUACAUAAAUUAAGUUUUAUAAAUUACAUCAAGGAUUUCAUUGAGCAACCCUCACUUCUGAUCACACCAUUAGAUGGUAGGCGCCGUGUUUAGAGGCAUAGCCAAGCGAGAAAACGAGACAGUAUGGAAAAAUAGAGUCACCAUCAUCCGGAGAGUAAACCUAUCCAUAGUAAUGUGCGGGGAUGUACAGUACCUAACCUACUUAGAUGAAUUUUUCAAGUCGGCUAAAAUACAAAUAAUUCUAUUUUAAUAAGCAUAUCAUAGACUUGUAUUUUAUAUCAUUAAAAAGAUGUUUAAGUAAGUUUGUACCCUUUAGGUUUGAUAUACGAUCUGACGUCGUCGUGGGAGAUGGCAUUCUACCUCGCCGGAGGUUGGAUUGUUGUGUCCGGAGUGUUGGUGUCUUUCAUCCAGCCCCUGAAGAACUACCAGCAGCGGCGUGA